GGAUUGUGAUGUUGCAAUGCCGUCGGUGUAGAUCAUAGGACAAGUGCUCACGAGAUCAAAAAGUCAUCUUGAUCACUUCCGACCAAUGAGGACGAGCGACGAUCAUAAAAGACCAGAGGAAAGUUUUUUUUUGUAAACUUUGAAAGUUGCUGUCGUUUGUCGUGAAUUUUUAUGGGAAAGAUAGAGAGAGUUUCCAGAGAGUUGUUCCGUGAUGUUGGUGGGUGAGAGAGAGUAUGAAAGGAAAGGGGUCAUUUGGUGCUACGUCUCCGGCUUGGAGGAGGAGGUAAGAACAUAAAAGGGGAGACAUGAGACGUUUCGUUUUGAAGAAUCAUUAUCGCAGAGUCCUUAGGCGUCUUCAGACUUUGUGAUUCUCAUAGGUUCUCAUCCCAUUCGCAUUUUCGUUUUCAGUUCUCUCUUUCUUCGUUCUUCGUUCUUCGUUCAUCCGAUUUCUAAAUCCUUUUUGUACGUGCAAAAUCUUUAGAGUAUCAUUUGUGCUUCGCAUUUGAGAUCUACUAAUCGUCUUUCCGUACUCCUAUCAUCAUGUCCUACGACAUAGAAGAUGGGGCUCCUACCACCCUCCGCCUUUCCUCGAUAAGCUGCACUAGCACCUCUCCCUCUCAAUCCCUCAUCCUCAGUGAAGAUUCCCGUUUUUCAACGAGCACCCACAAUACCCACCUCUCUCGCCAAAGUCCAUUCUUAAUCCACGAUACACCCUCUCUCGGGCCCGUCCCCGCAGUCAUCAAAUCCUCCAACGGGAAUCUCUUCUGGGCCGACGAAUCCUGUGCUCGUCGCGUCGGACUUAGCUGCAACGAAGCUCGCCUAUUCCUGCAGCUGCAAUCCGGUAAUUACAAUUACUCCGAAUAUUCUCCCAUGUUUCAUGCUUUUGGAGAGGAGAAAAAGAAUCUUCAGCACAAACUCAGGGAAUUGAAAUGGUGGCAGGUGGAACGGAGGAAGGAGUGGGAAAAGAGAGUUGAGUGGCUGAGGAAGAUGGAGGAACCGAGACUUUGGUUGCUUUAUUUGAUGGCGAGAAAGAGGAGAAUCUUACUGGUGGCUUGUAGAAGGGUCUUGGAUAGGUUGAGGUAUAAGAGAGAGGAGAGGGAGGAGAGGAAGAGGAAUUCCCAAGUGGGGAUUGAAACUUCGGAAGAAUCUACCACGGGGGGAAAUUCAAGUCAAUUGGAAUCCGAGGGCACGCAAACAGACAAUGACGCGCAAUCGGUAACUGGACUCACUACAGAUACACUCACCCACUUGGUUCGCGUCUCUCAAUCUACUCCUCGCCCAGCAAGCACACAUUCUCAUGAAUCCACCGCUCACUCUCAUUCUCAUUCCUGCUUACACAAACUCACCAGCAGAAUGAAGCAAUCCGAGAAAUCCCACUCUGACCCAUCCUCCAAUCCCUGCCCAAUCUUUGAUCGUCCCUUAUCCGCUACUACCUCCUCUCUCCAAGCUCUCGCCACUCUCAUCCUCCCCCCUCAAGACCCCUACCUAGUCCUCGGUUACUUCCCCACCUCUUCCCUCGAUCCCCAUGAAACCUACAUCUCCCUCUCCAAUCCCCGUACCCUUUUCUCCUCUCUCCAUCAUGCAGAGCGCUCUCUCCGCGGAGCUCGACGCUUUUUCUCCCUCAAAUCGCUCGCGGGGUUUGGUCUGUAUAAAUGCGAUAUUGGGCGCGGUGCGCAUACCAAGAUUGGGCUAAACGAAGAGGAGAAAAUGGUGUUGAGGAAGUUUUAUGCGGCGUAUAAAUUGAAGAGGAGAAGCAUUCCGUGGUUUGGGAAGGGAGAGUGGGAUCAAGAUGUAGGGAAGGCGUGGUUGGGGUGGGUGGAGAAGAGUUUGAACGAGGGGAAGGAUGGAAAAGAAGGGAGUGCAGAGGGGGCUAAAGGGCCGUUGGAGGGGAGGUGGAGUUUGGAGUUGGUAUAUGACUGGAGUCCGUAUCGACUCAGCGCCGUAGUCAUCACCCCUCUACUUCUCAGUCUAAUAAUAGGAACCUGGUAUAUGGCAGUCACCGGUGAUGUGAUCACAGCUUGGACAUUGGCUUUGUAUAUUGUGACCGCGGCUGCGGCUAUCGUUGCACUAUUGGGUAUCAUUGGGAGUUUGAAGGAUGUUUGAGUAUUGAUUUAUACUGCGGAGAUAUCAACUUGGUGUAUAAUUGAUCUGUAAUUUACUUUUGAGCUUUUGGUUUGUUGCAAUGGGAAACUUACAUGGCUGGGGAAUAUCUGAUCUGGGAAACUUGUGAAAUAAUUACGAUUAAGCUAGCUCGCUCA